UGUAGCGCGGCAAUAGAGGCCGGAGCAGAGCCAGUCUGCGCGAGUCUUUCGAGCGGUGAGCGUCGCGUUCUAUGCCCGCUCUGUCGGUUUCGUUCGCUGUUCAAUCGAAACCGUCUCUUUUCCCACUCGUCUUUCGCUCUUCCACGCGUCGUUCGCAAGAGAAUUUGUCGAAACGGCCGAUUUCGGGGUCGAUUUUAUUCGAUCGAAGCAGAAAGUAAAAGAUAAAAAGAGAAGGGAAGAGAAGUAGAUAAAUUCAUCGGAAACAUUCCAGCACAGAUGGUCAGAGGAUCGUUGCCUGAUAUCGCAGUGACGAUGGCAUCGGGAAGAGAAAUUUACGGUGCAUUCAGCUUGAUCGUUGACGAUGUCGAUUCCCAUUCGAUAUCAAGCGAGAACUCGGAUUUGGAUGGUUUAUCGAAUGAAACUAGUUCCCAAAACUCGUCCUCCCAAACGCCAUUGGACAGUCCAGGCGGGCCUAGGGAAAAAAUCAAGCAGAUGCAAGUGGAGGCCGAAACUAGGAGAGGGGAAUUUGCUAGAUUGCUUGAGGAACACGCUCAGGUAGUAAGAAAAUUAAAGAUGAUGGAGGCCGAGGAACAACUCUCGGCAACUGGGAACGUUGUUGGAGCCACGCACGCGUGAUUCCAUCGUUAACAAUCGUCGUAAAACAAUUGUGAGGAUUGGGACCACCACCGCGCCUACGCGAUACACGAUACGCCGAUUCUUUAAGUGCGAAUUGGAAAUUUAACGGAAAGUGUUGUGUGGAUUUAAUGAAUAGUUUUGUGCGUUUAUUAUAACAAAUAACGAUGAUUCAAAAUAGAACAAUGAGAAAUGUAAGAGGAAACUAUUUUUUAAAACAAGCGUAUAUUUCUAUAGUCUGAAAAUUAUUAUCUGUAUAAUUUCUAUAAGAAUUGAAAUUUCUUGAGAUUACUUUUUAAACAACGAUAAUACAUUACCAAAAUGGGAUAGCAAAAAGUGUGCAAAUUGAAGACAAAAUCCUUGAUCACUGCUUAUUCGUAGGAAAUAUGAUUAGAAAUCUUAUCACUAUGACGAAAAUCGCGUCACAAUUGAAGAAAAUAUUUAAAUGCGAAACGAACUUUUUGCCCCUCUAUGUAAUUUUAUACGAAACGCUACAGCGUUUGCAUGUUCGUUUCUAUUUAUAUUGAAACGAAUCUAAUAAUUCGUAAAUUCGUGUAUAGAUAUGUAAAAGUAGAAAUGAUCGAGCGAAAUUUGACAAAAUUUGUUGCUCAUUGCUUUAAAAUUUGGCAAAAAAAUAUGUAUUCAAAAUUGACUAAUUAACGGGAACGUAUUCUCGAUUUGCGUUUAUCACGAAGUCUGAAAAACUUCUUCUUUAAGACAAUAAUAAAAAAAAAAACAUACAUUCGGUAUACAUUCUUUAUAAUCUUGAAAUAAUCAGGAUUAAUGUAUCCGAUAUACAUACGCAGCAAAAAUGGCUGGCCUAAAUAUGUA